AUGCACAGUGAACUGGUACUGCCCCCGAAGCCGAGCUGUUUGUGUUUCGAGGACCCGACUUCCAGGAUAUUCUGUUUGUCGACAAAAUUCGUUCGGGAACUGGUUGCAAAUGGCAUCAUUCUGGUUUCUGCUGUCGGCAUCAAUGGACCUCAUUACGGCAUGCUGUCUAAUCCUGCUGAUCAAGCAGGAGUCAUUGGUGUAGCAGGCAUCACCAAGACCACUAUAUCACAGCACGCUAUUUCCGUGGCGAACUUGACGAUCCUGAAUCCCGCGUCUGUUGUUGGUGUCAUCAAGAGUCCACCGCAGUGGAUUGUCGGCACUAACAGCGAGUACCUAGCGGUCUCGACGUCAACGCCUUUCACCCUUUGGCCAUAUAUUGGCUCGGUUGGCGUUUUCAUUGCAGUAAAAGAGCAGGCUGCUAAUUUCGAGGGUAUCGCCAAAGGAGAGCUGCGACUUGAAGUCGACAAUGGUGAUCACGUCAGUGAGCUCCUUGUCCAGGUAACUAUCAGGAAUUUACCUUCUCCACAAGCUUCGAAGCGCAUUUUGUGGGACCAGUUCCACAACAUUCCCUUCCCGUCUGCUUUUGUGCCGAUAGACAACCUCGACAACCAGCAUGAUCUCAUGGAUGUUGUAGGAGAUUACCCACAUACAAAAUUUGACCAGCUGUGGAACUUCUUGAUGAGUGAAGACUUUUUCAUCGAGAUCUUGCCGUUUGAGUACUCGUGCUUGGAUCUGAGUAAAUACGGUGUUGCGCUGAUUGUUGAUUCUGGAGAAGAGUUCUUCCGAGACGAGAUUGUCGUCUUGCAAGCGGCGAUCGAGCACUCGAACGUGUCUUUGAUCAUUUUUCCGACUAGUACGACAUCCGACUACUUGACUUGCUCCAACUUUACGACACAAAGUUUCCAUACCGCCUUUGGAAAUAAAGUUGUUCACAGCACGAGUGUAUCUCUGCUAGAUACGGGCAACGACUCUUCGUUUCCGUACUUGUCGGGUUCGUACCUGACAAAUUUCCUGGCCAUGCUGGAUAUCUGGGCUACAUCGAUGCCGUCGAUCAAAGUGCAAGGAUGCUGA